AAGUGCAUUUCGUGGGUUCCUCAAAUAAUUGCCCUUUUUGCACUGCCUUUUUGAGUUCCUCUAGAGCUUUUUAUAACAAGUAUACAUAAAGAUCUAACUCAACAUAUCUCCCCUUAGUUUUUCCUCUUCCACCUACUCUUCAAAAGAACCAAAAUUUCAAAGACUAGAAAAUACAUGCAACUUUAUUGAUAGUUCUAGUUAUAUAUUUUUGUAUCUCAAAACAUAGAUUUAUCUAUGGUUUCGGAGAAAAAAUUGGCAAGUGCAAUGGGUGGAAAAACAGCAAGAGCAUGUGACAAUUGUAUUAGAAAAAGGGCACGUUGGUAUUGUCCUGCCGAUGAUGCAUUUUUAUGUCAAAAUUGUGAUGCUUCUGUUCAUUCUGCUAACCCUUUGGCUCGUAGGCACGAAAGGGUUCGUCUUAAAACAUCAGGACUAAAAGAACCUUCAUCAGAUGACACCUUUCCCGAUUUGGAAAGUCCAGUGUCAGUGUCAGUCCCAUCAUGGCAUCGUGGGUUUAAACGAAAGGCGCGAACUCCUAGGAAUGGGAGAAAGUUCAGUAAAUCCUCGGGGGACGAAGAAGUUAUUCUCAAGAACCCUAUUCAUCUCGUCCCUGAGAUAUUAAGCGAUGAGAAUUCGCUUGAUGAGAACGAAGAAGAGCAACUUUUAUAUCGAGUGCCCAUAUUCGAUCCCUUCGUGGUUGAGCUUUGCAGCUCGACCACCAGAAAUCAUGAGAUGGUGGAGAAUAACAUGAUUGCAGCAGCAGCAGAGGCGGAUUCAGAAUUUAAAUUUGAAUCUAAGGAGACGACGUUGCAGCAUGAUAUCAGUAAGGUUGAUCUGAAUAGGUUUCAUGGGAUGUUACCAUCGGAGAUGGAGCUAGCGGAAUUCGCAGCCGAUGUUGAGAGUUUACUAGGGAAAGGACUUGAUGAAGAGUCAUUUGAUAUGGAAGGGUUAGGUCUUUUGGGGGUUAGUAAUAGUAAGGAGGAAAAUCCAAUGGAGUGUUCUAUGGUUAGUCAUGAGAAAGUCAAAAUUGAAGAUGAAGGAGAAAUGGAAGUUUUUACGAAAACAUCUUCUGCUAGUACUCAUGAUCAUCAACUUGAUCAUAGUACUCAUGAUAUUGAUAUUAAUGGUGACACCUUUGAUUUCAAAUUCGAUUAUGAUUCCCCGAUGAAUAUUACCGGAGAAGAUGAAAUUGGUGAUGAAGUAGUUAUGAAGAAUAUUAAUGAGGAUAAUGGUGUUGCUGGUGAUGGAAAUAAUGAUAAUACGAAGAAGAUUUUAUUGAAUCUUGAUUACGAAGGUGUAUUAACAGCAUGGGCUAACCAAAGGUCUCCUUGGAUUAAUGGUGAAAGACCAGAAUUGGAUUCCAAAGACUGUUGGCCAGACUGCAUGGGAAAUUACAUGGGAAUAAUGAAUGAAAAUGCAAAAAUAGUGGACAGAGGAAGAGAAGCGAGAGUUUCAAGGUACAGAGAGAAGAGACGAACGAGGUUGUUUUCGAAGAAAAUAAGAUACGAGGUUAGAAAAUUGAAUGCUGAAAAGAGGCCAAGAAUGAAAGGAAGGUUCGUUAAAAGGACCAAUUUUGCAACAACAAACCCUAAUUACCCUUUGGUUAAAUAAAUUAGUGCUAGUUUAAUUUAAUUUUUUUACCUCCAGGUUUAAGUACUAUUUUUACUAGUGUAAAUAGUAUUUGUAAACUUGGAGAGCUUUAUGUAUGUAAAUAGUCAAUAAAUAGAUAAUGCUAGCCAAUUUUGUCAUUUUGAAUUAGGACUUUCUGGAUGUAUUGUACUCUCCAAAGUGUUCUUAAUUUUUGACAAAGCAGAAGAAUGAAAAUUCUAGAAAUUGAAGCUGUCUA